AUGCUGUCUGCCAUGAUAUCCCCGAGCUUCUCAGGGCUGCUCUUCACCUGCCUGCUACUGCCAGGCCUGACACAAAGCCAGGAGAAGGCCCUUGGUUCCCCCUCUGCCAGGAGCUCCUGCUCCCCGGGUUUUGGCUUCCAUGGCUCCCACUGCUAUGGCUUGUUGGGUCCUAAGGAGACCUGGAACCCUGCCGAGUUGCUGUGCCUGGGCUACCCCUCAGGCCACCUGGUAUCCCUGUUCAAUGAGGCUGAGGUCUCCUUUGUGGCUACCAUGAUGGUGGAGAAUGAUAUUGGUGAGAACCCAGUCUGGAUUGGCCUACAUGACCCCAACAAGAACCGCAGGUGGAGAUGGAGCAGCAGUGCCCUUUACCUCUACCAAGCCUGGGGGAAGGGCUCUCCAAGCAGAACCAGUUCAAAGUACUGUGUCAGCCUGACUUCUGAGUCUGAUUUCCAGAGCUGGAAAGAUGAACCUUGUCAUAAGCAGUACAAGUUCCCAGCAAGUUCCCAGCCUAGAGAGAAGAAGCCAGAAGAAGAAUUUGGAAUUCUGCUGCUUUGGAGUCAAAGGAGGGCCAUGGUCAAGAAAAAUGAGCCAGUCCCUCGGCUGUUGCAUCCCUAA